GUACACAUUUUCUAACCGUUUUCAAACCCUCGAAAGGAGAAGAGAGCUGGUAAUCAGCAUCCCUCAGAGGGGACAUGUACACUGAUCAUCAGGGCACUGAUGAUCAGUGUGCCCUGAUGAUCAGUGUAGCCUCAGCAGUGCCACACCUGUCAGUGCCCAUCAGUGCCACAUCAAUGCCACAUCAGUGCCUACCAGUGCACAUCAAUGCCACAUAUCAGUGCCCAUCUGAGCUGCCUUUCAGUGUCACCUAUCAGUGCCAGUCAGUGCCACCUAUCAAUGCCAGUCAGUGCCGCCUAUCAGUG